AUGUCAUCAACCUUUAGAAAAAUGCCAUUAAUACUUUCACUGGAAUAUGACUUUGGUCUUUUGUUUUUAAUUCUCAGAACUGUCAAACGCUGGCUCCCUCCCUGCGCUGCCCGGGUGCUCCCCGCUCCUCUCCCUGCCCGGGCCCCGUGGCUGCCGCGGGGCGCAAGCGCCAAGCGAAGGGGGCGCCCCAAGAGCCCAACGCCGGGGCUGCGGCGGCUCAGGCUUCCAACAGUGAUUGGUCAGUUCCAUACCCUUUUCUUUGGCUCAGUUCAAAUGUUUUUCCUUGGAGUUCUGGGCUUUGCAGUUUAUGGAAAUGAGGCCUUGCAUUUCAGCUGUGAGCCAGACAAGAGGGAGGUUAAUCUCUUCUGUUACAACCAGUUCAGGCCCAUAACUCCUCAGGUAUUCUGGGCAUUACAGCUAGUGACUGUUCUGGUACCUGGAGCAGUGUUUCAUCUUUAUGCUGCAUGUAGAAACAUCGAUCAGGAAGAUAUCCUCCAAAAGCCCACCUAUACUGUUUUUUAUAUCCUCCUCUCUGUUCUGUUAAGGAUUGUCCUUGAAGUUGUGGCUUUUUGGCUUCAAAGUCAUCUCUUUGGCUUCCAAGUGAACCCACUCUACAGGUGUGAUGCAGGAGCCCUUGACAAAAAGAUAAAUAUUACCAGAUGCAUGGUGCCAGAACACUUUGAAAAGACAAUUUUCCUCAUUGCUAUGUACACUUUUACUGUGAUUACAGUGGUGUUGUGUGUUGCUGAGAUUUUUGAGAUAUUAUGUAGGAGGCUGGGUUUUUUAAAUAAUCAGUGACCCUGUUGUCAUAGUGAACUAUUCCCACUUAUGUGCUGUCUGUUCUCACUGUUGUGUAUGGUGGGUUUUUUAUGAACAAUAGAGAUCUCAGUGUGAAACAAAGACCACUUUUUGUACACCUCUGCAAUUUUGUAUAGGAACUUCCCUUACAUGAACUUUUUUUAUAUUACUGUAAUCAAAUAUAUAACUAAGGGCCAGAUCCAAAAGGUAUUUACUUAUGUGAAUAAUCCUUACUCGCAUGUAUAGAUUGAAGCUACACAUGUGAAUGAAUGCCACUUCGAUGCCAUUUAAAGCAAUUUGGUGGGGGAUGGGGGGAAUGAGUUGGGGUUUUGUUUGAUUGUUUUCCCCCCUUAUCCCUUGUUGGAACUUGUAACUUAACUGCACAAAUGCAUUUGAACAAGUUUAUUUUUUAAAUUGAGUGAUUAUUAAUCUGCAGGGGAAAGCCUUUCCAAACUGUAAAUGCUCUCAUGAUUAACCUUUGGUUCAAUGAAUUUUAAUGCUCAUGGAAUGAGCUUUAAUGUUUCUGUAAUGCCUGACAUGGUACAAGAAAAUGCUCUAAAAUGUUCUCAAGCAGCUCUACCAUUGCAACCUGAUUCCUGAACAACCAUAUCCCUGGCCUUCACUAAGACUCCUGGUUGUGCUGUGAUUUUAGUAUGAACCAAUGUCUAAACCUAGCUUCUAACAGCCAAACCUAUUUUAUCUGUGUCCAGGGCUAGAUAUAAAUUCCCUUUUAAAAACAAAAGCUGCGUUGAGCUUCCUUUAAUCCCCUACCCUGCUCAUCUUUAUAUUUAAGAUAAAACUUAGCCCCUCUUCCUUUUCUUUGUAAUGAAUCGGAGCUUAUAUUUAUGGCUCAUACUUACUUAUGAAGUAAAAGUGUACAGAUCCCAAACUUGCCUCAGAUAUGUAGCAUUUAAUAAUUCAUACAUAUUCAUUAUAUGGUGAGGUGAGGAACAGGCUCUGUGAGUUAAUUUUUUAACAGGAAAUUUCAAAAGAGCUGUCAGGAUGACACUACUGCUUGUGGGCCCAAUCAUGCAUUGAUUUCAAUGAGAGUUUUGCCUGAGUAUGGCCUGAAGGACUGGGCCUUGUAGGUUGUUUUUUGUUUGUUUGUUUGUUUGUUUUUUUGCCCGCCACUUCUACUUAUCCCUGGCAGUAUAUACUGUUAAAUAAAAAUAAUCAUAAAUAUUCUGUGCAUUAAAAAUAUUCCCUGUAUUAAAUGUAUUUUUAUAAUUUACACACCUUAGACUUCUAUAGAAAAUAUCUUAUCUUCUCUUGCACUCCAGUUUCCAUCUCAUAAUUAAUGGAAAUUUUAACAUGAAAAUUAAUCUUGUUUCUUGAAGACUGGACAGAAAGAAAGGGGUAGUUUUCCUUUUUAAGUGUUUACAGUUAGAGUGCUAGUAAUCACCUAGGUUUUUUUUUUUUGUUUGUUGGAGAUUUUUUGCCACUCAGUUCUGAUUUCUAAAAGUUAAGCUGUCUUGUCUGCUUCAUCAUUGUGCAUAGGAACUAAAUAAAAAAAAACCCUCAAUUUCAUAUUCCAGUGUGCCUAUUUUUGAUGAAGUCUCAAAACAAGAGACUUUCUGACACAUUCUCUUGAAUUAAACUGACCUUAGGGCUUGGUCCAGUGCCUGCUGAAGACAAUGGGAGUCCUUCCAUUGUCUUCUGUGGGCAUUGGAUGAGGCUCAUAGCGCUGAGAAUAAACUGAGGGGUGAAAAGCUUAACUUAUUUGCGAAAUUUAACUUAUUAAAAAAAAAAAGACAGUUAAACUAAAAGUUAACAAACAAGAGCAGACAAAAGUUGCUAUAAAACGUACAGGCUUAAGGGUCUUCCAAAAUUAAUUUACCUUUGAAAUCUCUGUAGGGAAUCCAAAUACAACUUUUACAGUAAGCUGAGGCCAAAUCCUGUUCACUUUAUUCAUGUGAGUUGUCCCAACAGGCUCAGUUUGUGCAAAUCUUGUAAUUGUGAUCCACACAGGUAGUCCCAGUGACUUCAAGUGAGUAAAGCAUACAGGAUUUGGUCGCUGUUGUACUCAUACCAAUGUAAACUGUGUACAGGUUACCUAGUUCUAUUUGUUUUAUGAGCUGGCUAAUGAUGAGAUCCUAAAUUCUAAUAUGUUUUUGUACUAUAGAUUAAUCUUUUGACUCUUCCCAUGGAAACAAGUGAUAUUUUUCUUGUCUUAAUAUUAUAAAUGAAUGCAAUAUGUUUGGCCAAACACAAUUAUUUAUUUGAUAUUUUGAAAUACAACAAGGGCGGGGGGACUGCCCUUGUUUGUUGCUUGCCUAAUAUAACGUACUUUGGUCAGUAUAUACUUAUUUUUGUUGUAUAUAUCAAAUAUCCAUCCAGCUGUUUUUUACAUAUAUACAUACAUAUGCUGUUCUUUCCAAAGUAAAUUUGUAAUCUCGGGUACAAUAAACCUCUUU